AAACCCUGUUCUCUGCACACAUUUUGAACGAUGUUUGAGGAGGAUGGUGUUAAAAGUCUGUUUUUUACUUUUUGUAGCCUAUUUAAAAGAGGACACAGACGACUAAAAUCUGAAGAAUAAGGAAACAGCAUGGAAUGAACCAUCUAAGUAAGGCAGUAAUCACAGAAGAGUCUGCUACUUGGUUUCUACACAUUUUCCAUUCAUUCAAAUAAUAUGAAGGGAGAAGAUGAUCUGCAGGAUCCUGCUGCUCCUCAUCCUCACCUCAUGUGUCUCUGGAUCAUUUGUAGUCAAUGUGACACAGACCUCCUAUCAGGCAGAGGAGAACCACAACAUCACACUGGAGUGGACGUUCACCACCAACCCUGGCAGAUCCAUCAAAUCUCUCAACAUCCUCUGUGACCUCAUAGCUGAUCGUAAACUCUCAGUCCUGUAUCAUGUUCGUGAAGGUGUUGAAGUGUCAGAGUCUCACGCUGAAAGGUUCUCAGGACGAGUCCAGAGUGACAAAGACGCCCUCAGAGAAGGACGAAUCAGACUUCAAGUGUCCAGACUCAGGACUGAUGACUCGGGUCUGUACCUGUGUGAGGUCAACACUGAUGAUGGCUUUGGCAUUAACAGAUGUGAACUAAAUGUAACUGGAGUGAAGGAUUGCUGUAAAUCUGAGAGAAAACCUAAGCCAUCAAGCACACAAAGUCGAGGAAGGAUCGGCCUCUACUCCGGACUGACUGCAGUGCUGCUGCUCGUCUUAUCAUUUUUAUUUAUUCGUCUGUCUAAAAAAGGAUUUCUGAUUCAACAAACACAAAAUCCUCCAGCAUCAGUGAUCAGCAAUGUAAAUGAGACUGCUGGACUCCAAAGCACAAAAUGAUGUGAUACAGUGUGGUCAUAUUUUUAUAUUCUUCUCAUCUGUUGUGUUUAUAGAAAUC